CGCGCGCGCGCGCUCCGAGGGCGGCUCCGCCUCCGCGGGCUCGCGACUCUCAGGCCGCGUCCGAGGCCGAGCCGGGCUCCGGCUCCAGCUCCGGGUCCGAGUCCGAGUCCGGGGCAUCGCGGGGGUGGAGGCCGGAGCGCGGGCCAUGGCGGAGCGGCAGCGCGGCGGCGGCGGAGGGGGCGGCGGCGGGGGGCUGGAGGCCGGGGCGCUGCCGCCCGACGUGCGCGAGGGCCUGGCCGAGCUGGAGCUGGAGCUGUCUGAGGGUGACAUCACUCAAAAAGGCUACGAGAAGAAGAGGGCAAAGCUGCUGGCGCGCUACAUCCCACCCAUCCAAGGUGUAGACCCCUCUCUGCAAGCAGACAGCAGAGUCCCAGGGUCCUCGCAGACUCCAGCCGCCAGCUCCAAACAGCAAAAGGCACGUUCCGCCAACGCGAGGGAUGAGCGCUUCCGAUCUGACGUCCACACCGAAGCCGUACAAGCCGCGUUAGCCAAGUACAAAGAGAGGAAGAUGCCCAUGCCUUCCAAGAGACGCUCCGUCCUCGCGCACUCCUCUGUGGAGACCUACACCCCUCCAGACACAUCCUCGGCCUCAGAAGAUGAGGGCUCACUCCGGCGGCAAGGGCGACUCACUUCUACUCCGUUCCAGAGCCAUUCCAACGUAGAACCCUGGCUUCAUCGGGUCAUUCAGGGCUCCUCCACCUCAUCUUCUGCAUCCUCCACUUCAUCCCACGCGGGAGGGAAACCUGCUGCCGCUUCCAAUACAGCUCCCGCCGCCGCCGCUGCCACAGUGCUUGCAGAUCUCAUGGCCCACGCUCAGCUAGAUAACCAUCCUGCACCUCCUGAUGUGACCACUGGCCUUGUAGAACUGCCCUCCCGUGAGCGCCCCCAGGUUGCCUCUGUGAGAGGGGUCCCUCGAGGCUAUAGCAGCAGCAUGUUGGAGACAGCUGAUGGUGUUCCAGUGAAUAGCAGAGUGUCUUCAAAAAUUCAGCAGCUUCUGAAUACCUUAAAGAGACCAAAGCGCCCUCCUCUGAAGGAAUUCUUCGUGGAUGAUUUUGAAGAACUGUUGGAAGUCCACCAGCCGGACCCCAAUCAACCCAAGCCCGAGGGAAGUCAGAUGACCGUGCUCCAAGGGGAGCCUUUAGGUGUGGUUUCCAACUGGCCUCCGUCCCUCCUGGCUGCCCUGCAGCAUUGGGGCACGACACAGCCCAAGGCCCCUUGUCUCACAGCCUUGGAUACAACUGGGAAAGCCAUCUACACCCUCACCUAUGGCAAACUCUGGAGUCGAAGUGAAAAGCUGGCAUACACCCUCCUUAACAAGCUCGCCAGUAAGAGUGAGCCCCUGCUUAAACCUGGAGACCGGGUGGCCCUCGUUUUCCCAAAUAGUGAUCCUGUGAUGUUCAUGGUGGCGUUCUAUGGGUGCCUCCUGGCAGAACUUAUUCCUGUGCCAAUAGAAGUGCCGUUAACAAGAAAGGAUGCUGGUAGCCAACAGAUUGGCUUUCUCUUGGGCAGCUGUGGGGUGACGCUGGCCCUGACUACAGACGCUUGUCAGAAGGGGUUGCCCAAGGCGCCCACGGGAGAGGUGGCCACAUUCAAAGGCUGGCCUCGCCUAGUUUGGUUUGUCAUAGAUGGGAAGCAUUUGGCAAAACCGGCCAAGGACUGGCACCCCCCAGUGCGAGAUGCCAGUGCUGAAACCGCGUACAUCGAGUAUAAGACGAGCAAAGAAGGCAGCACGGUGGGAAUUACCAUAUCUCACGCCUCCAUGUUAGCCCAGUGUCAUGCAUUAACCCAAGCCUGUAGUUACUCAGAAGCGGAGACUUUAACCAACGUGCUGGACUUCAAACGGGACGCUGGCCUGUGGCAUGGAGUGCUGACCAGUGUCAUGAACCGAAUGCACGUUGUCAGUAUUCCUUAUGCCCUCAUGAAAGUGAACCCCCUUUCGUGGAUACAGAAAGUGUGCUCCUAUAAAGCCCGGGUGGCGUUAGUGAAAUCCCGAGACAUGCACUGGUCUCUCCUGGCCCAGCGAGAUCAGAGGGACGUCAGCUUGAGCUCCCUGCGGAUGCUGAUUGUGGCCGACGGAGCCAAUCCGUGGUCGGUAUCGUCCUGUGAUGCGUUCCUCAAUGUCUUUCAGUCCAGAGGGUUGAGACCCGAGGUUAUCUGCCCCUGUGCCAGCUCCUCCGAGGCACUCACUGUUGCCAUCCGCAGACCCCCCGAUUCCGGUGGCCCUCCCCCAGGCAAAACUGUGCUAUCCAUGAACGGCCUCAGCUAUGGUGUGAUUCGAGUAGACACGGAAGAAAAGUUGUCUGUAUUGACUGUUCAGGAUGUUGGCCAGGUCAUGCCUGGAGCCAGCGUGUGUGUGGUGAAGGUAGAAGGCACCCCUUACCUCUGCAGAACGGACGAAGUGGGAGAAGUGUGUGUCCACUCUGGAGCCACUGGGGCUGCCUACUACGGCCUGGUUGGAAUCACCAGGAACGUGUUCGAGACUGUUCCGGUCACGGCAGGAGGUGUGCCCAUUUCUGACCAGCCUUUUACGCGGACAGGAUUGCUGGGCUUUAUUGGGCCAGACCAGCUGGUGUUUGUCGUGGGCAAGCUGGACGGGCUGAUGGCGGUCGGCCUCCGCAGGCACAGCGCGGACGACGUGGUGGCCACCGCUUUGGCGGUAGAACCGAUGAAGUUCGUCUACAGAGGAAGAAUAGCCGUGUUCUCGGUGACCGUCUUGCACGAUGACCGUAUAGUGCUGGUGGCCGAGCAGCGUCCAGAUGCGUCGGAGGAGGACAGUUUUCAGUGGAUGAGCCGGGUCCUGCAGGCAAUAGACAGCAUCCAUCAGGUCGGCGUGUACUGUCUCGCCCUGGUCCCUGCCAACACUUUGCCCAAAGCUCCACUUGGGGGAAUCCACAUCUCCGAAACCAAGCAGCGCUUUCUUGAGGGCACUCUGCACCCCUGCAAUGUCCUAAUGUGCCCUCACACGUGUGUCACUAACCUUCCCAAGCCUCGCCAGAAGCAGCCAGAAGUUGGGCCUGCCUCCAUGAUUGUUGGGAACCUCGUUGCUGGGAAGAGAAUCGCACAGGCCUCGGGGCGAGACGUCACACAGCUGGAGGACAACGACCAGGCAAGAAAGUUUUUGUACCUGGCGGAUGUCUUGCAGUGGCGGGCCCAGACCACCCCAGACCACCCUCUGUUCCUGCUGCUGAAUGCCAAGGGCACCAUCACCAGUGCUGCCACCUGUGUCCAGCUGCACAAGAGGGCCGAAAGAAUAGCAGCUGCCCUGGGCGAGAGGGGCCGGCUGAACGUCGGUGACCACGUGGCUUUGGUCUACCCUCCAGGUGUGGACCUCAUCGCCACCUUUUAUGGCUGUCUGUACGCCGGCUGCGUUCCCAUCACGGUGCGCCCCCCUCAUCCCCAGAAUCUCGCCACCACUCUGCCCACUGUCAAGAUGAUUGUCGAAGUCAGCAAGUCCACGUGUAUUCUGACAACCCAAGCAAUAAUGAAGCUGCUGAAGUCCAAGGAAGCGGGUGCUGCCGUGGACGUGAAGACGUGGCCAACCAUCUUAGACACAGAUGACCUCCCAAAGAAGAGGGUAGCGAGUGUUUUUCGGCCUCCCUCCCCCGACAUGCUGGCUUACUUAGACUUCAGCGUUUCCACCACGGGCAUAUUAGCAGGAGUCAAGAUGUCUCACGCAGCCACAAGUGCCUUAUGCCGGUCGAUCAAGCUUCAGUGUGAAUUGUACCCGUCCCGGCAGAUCGCUGUCUGCCUGGAUCCCUACUGCGGCCUGGGCUUCGCCCUCUGGUGCUUGUGCAGUGUCUAUUCAGGACACCAGUCCCUCCUGGUCCCUCCACUCGAACUUGAAAACAACGUGUCCUUGUGGCUGUCGGCCGUGAGCCAGUAUCGAGUCCGUGUCACCUUCUGCUCUUACUCCGUCAUGGAGAUGUGCACCAAAGGGCUGGGGACACAAACAGAUCUUCUCAGGGCAAAAAGUGUGAACCUGUCCUGCGUGCGCACGUGUAUGGUGGUUGCAGAAGAGAGACCACGGAUCGCAUUAACACAGUCCUUCUCCAAGCUCUUCAAAGACCUGGGUCUCUCUGCCCGGGCCGUGAGCACCACAUUCGGAUGCAGAGUGAAUGUAGCCAUUUGCUUACAGGGCACCGCCGGCCCCGACCCCACCACGGUAUACGUCGACAUGCGGGCCUUGCGCCAUGACAGGGUGCGACUAGUAGAACGGGGUUCUCCACACAGUUUACCAUUGAUGGAGUCUGGAAAGAUUCUCCCCGGAGUCAAAGUCAUCAUCGCUCAUACAGAGACAAAGGGCCCCCUUGGCGACUCCCACCUGGGCGAGAUUUGGGUGAGCAGUCCACACAACGCCACAGGCUAUUACACGAUCUAUGGCGAGGAGUCUCUGCACGCUGACCACUUCAGUGCUCGGCUCAGUUUUGGAGACACCCAGACCAUCUGGGCCAGGACGGGCUACCUGGGGUUUCUCCGAAGAACGGAUCUCACUGAUGCCAGUGGAGAGAGGCACGAUGCCCUGUAUGUGGUUGGCUCUCUGGAUGAAACCCUGGAACUGAGAGGCAUGAGGUACCACCCGAUCGACAUCGAGACCUCUGUAAUCAGAGCCCACAAGAGCAUUGCUGAGUGUGCUGUGUUUACGUGGACCAACCUGCUGGUGGUGGUGGUGGAGCUGGAAGGCCCCGAGCAGGAAGCCCUGGACUUGGUGGCACUGGUGACCAACGUGGUUCUCGAGGAGCACUUCCUCAUUGUGGGCGUGGUGGUCAUUGUGGACCCCGGUGUCAUCCCCAUCAAUUCUCGGGGCGAGAAGCAGCGCAUGCACCUGCGGGACGGAUUCCUGGCUGACCAGCUGGACCCUAUUUAUGUGGCCUACAACAUGUGACAGCAGGACCCGGACGCCCCAGCACUGAGAUUCUGAGCCCCGCUGCCGCAUGGUGCCGCAUAAUACUGUGCGCUGCUCAGAGUCAAAGCCCCCUGGUGGGGUCGGGAGGCGAGGGCGGGGCGGAUCACAUGCACAGCUGCUUCCGGUUUCCCAGCCACGCUUCCUUGCCUGUCAUCUUUGCCCCUUUGUCCAUUCCAACAGUUGUCAGUAGCCAGUUUGAGGGAGAGAUCCCUGGAAUUCUUUGAGAUGUGCUCCAGACUGGCAAGGGCCCCAGAGCAGUCCAGAUGUCAGUCGUCUGGGGCCCUGGGCCGGCGGCAGGGGCCAGAACAGAAGGGGGUGCGCUCCACCCCCUCAGGACGGUGUCGGUUCUGCUCCCAGGAUCCUGCUGUGUUGUGCCCAUGGAGGGGCUGAGAGUGGUGUUGGCACGUGGCUCGGGGGCUUUGCAGAUGCAGGCUUUGCUCUCUACUGUAUUCUGAGUGUUUUUGCACAUGUUUUAAAAAUUGGAGAUGCAAUACUUGCUUUUUUAUGGUUUGUUUAUUUGAUUGACCUGUUUACUCCCAUGUCCAGGAGACAAGUCCACUCAUACCACAUUAAAUCUGGAAGGGACCAUAGAAAUAAAGCAGUGCAACCUCCUCAUUUUAAAGGUGUGGAAACUGAGGCCCGGGAAGGGGCCAGUGACCGACAGAGCCAGAAGCAGGACCCAGGUCCGCUGCCCCCUCCUGAGGGCUUGCUCCCCAUCCCCACCCUCCCCCCCAUGUCACUCCGCUUCCCCCAGUGCCCAGUCUCUCAUUUCUCAGUUAUCCUGUUAAACCCUGCAGGCCUGUAAAAAUGAAUUCUGCAUUUCAGAGUUACUAAUGCUCAAUAAUAGUGCCAUAUUGGACUGGAUUGCAGUCAGCUUCUAAAGGUUUCACAUGGAGGAGCCUUCGGUACUUUCUGCUUAUGCCCAUGCUUGUUCCUAUGACACUAAAAUGUUUGUGAGGAAAGUUAUCGUCCACACAAAGGAAUCUUGUGAGAUGGCUUGUUUUCAUUCCAGACUGAUAAGAUCUGGAGUGUGGGACCAGAGAACAUGCCUGGAAAAGGCCUGCGGCAGCUCUGGGAAGUCUUGUCUCACUCAAAUACACACACACACACACACACACUCACACACACGUGCACACAUGCAUACAUACAUGUGCACGCACAUCCCCUUCCAGGCAGGUUGAAUCUAUUGCUGCUGCUGCUGCUGCUGCUGCUGUACACGCUUUGACGUGGUAGUCAUGCCCCUGUGACAUGGGUUUGCUCCAAGCACGAGUGGUCGGGUCAUGCUCCACUUUGACUCUCCAGCUGGAAUGUUAGCCUGAUAGACUGUUGCAGUGAAGGUGGAUCAGAGCAGAGGCGCCAAGUAUUUGAAGACAGGCACGAUUCUAACAAAAAGAUUAUUUUUAUAUGCUAAUAAAAAAGUAUGUUCUACGUGGUUAGUUUUGGGGGACGGGGGUAUGUCUGAUGCAUGUGCUCACCAAGAGAGCCAGGUUUCUCUGCAAGGUUAAUCUGCCUGAAUCAGUGCCUAAGAAAGCUGGCUGUUCUUCAGUAUAUGGAAACCAAAUGAGCCUCACUGACAUGGCGGGCAGAUUGUAGAGGAUUGCCCUUAUUUGCCAACAAGUAACUCCAUAGAGAGCAGUUCUGUUUGCCCUUGUGGUGUUUGACUGUGGUGUAUGAUAAAAAUGCAUAUUAAAACUCUAAUUAGACAUAUUGUAAUUAUGUACAGAAUUGUAUAACUUAUUAUUUGAAGCCCAGUGGUCUUAGAAUGGACCAGUGGACGUUCCUUAUAACGGGAUGGCUGGUGAGAGAGAAGAACCGCCUAACCCUAAUUUUCAUGUGGUAGUUUUAUAGCAAAUAAAGCAUUGUAAGAUUUUUGUAUCGAAAGAUUGGUGACAGGAAGACAAGUUGCCUUGUAAAGUAAGAUUUUCAAAAGCACAUUAAAAACAUUUAAAAUUA